GCCUUGUGCAGCUGCCUGUCAACAAGAUGGCCUUCCUCCCUGCUGCUUUUCUGACUGAUUAUUUCGGUUCUUCAUUAGAGAACAUACCGUAAAGGGUUGUGUCAUUUUUAAAUAGACAGCAAGAGAGAAGAGGAGAAUUGUGAAACAAGUGUCGGGUUUUUACAAAUAUAUUAUGUGUGAUAUAAACACUGUUAGCAAGUCGCGACAUCAACCAACACUUAGUUGAUUAGCUACAGAAAGUACUACUACUAGCAAGCUAGCUACGUGGACACGUAAAGAUAACCGGAGUCACCUGCACCCAUCCUCUCUUUAAAUCAUUGUUCAUUUUGAGGCAAACAGGCCUGCAACUCGGGAAGACAUUAUAUUACUCGACAUCAGCAACAUCUGCAAGUUUCCGCUUGCGGGGUUGGCCCACAACUAAAGAUUGUAUGCCCGUCCCCUGUGGCGGUGCCCGCUGGUCUGGAGUGCCAAGGUGCCAGGUGCCCGUGCAGACAGCCAGACAGAGAGAGAAUGAGGGACCAGGAGCAGGGCCGCAGGCCAGCCUAGGUGUGGGCAUGCACCCGCCCCUCCUCUGAGCCCUGAUGGACAGAGACACCUUCUCCCACAUCCGCCUCUGGUGCCCCCGUCCCUUCAGCACCUACUCCCAGAACAAGCCUCGCACCGCGGGCACGGGGGGCGGCGGGGGCGGGGCUGGGGCAUCAUCCUUAUGUAAGACCAACUCCUCUGGGGGGAAGGGGGCGUUGGAUGGUGGGGGGGUCGGCCUGGAGGGGCAGGGUGAGGACGAGGAGGAGGAUGCCGGUUCUGAGAACACGCCCCCGGUCGCUGACCCUGCCUCGGCCACGCCCCAGUCUCCCACUGCCUCGGCCACGCCCCAGUCUCCCACUGCCUCGGCCGCCGUGAUGGAGGACGGCCGCGUGCUCCUGGACACCUGGUACGUCAUCAAGCCUGGCAAUACCAAGGAGAAGAUCGCCUUCUUCGUGGCGCACCAGUUCAGUGGGACGGGCCUUCCCAGACCAAGCGCCAUGAAGGUCAAAGGUAACUGGGCCACCGACUGCACUAAGGCCAAGCGUCGCCGGCGCUGCUCCUCCUACGACCCCCCCACCCGAGCCCAGAACCCCCCCGAUGACUCAGCCCCCUCCAGCCCAGACGAGGUGCCCGCUGGGGGGGUGAGUGAGACGGACUUGCUGUCAGUGGCAGAGAUGGUGGCACUCGUGGAGCAGAGGACAGCCAUGGCCCUACAGAGCAUGGUGAGCCAGGGGGGGCAGACCUGUCCCAGCCCCCGCCCAGGGACCCCCCAGGGACACACUGUCCUCAGGGGCUCCGUCUCUGACCCCAGCCCCAUGGUCUUCCUCUCUGAGUGCCACCCCACACCCUCUCCCCAGCGCCACUCGCCCCUCAGCUCCUCCCCCACCUCCCUGCAGGAGCAGCAGGAGUCCCGCCGCGUGGCCCAGGCCGUGGCCCACUUUGAGUCCCAGAACAUGGAGAGCACCCUGGGUCCUGGGUGUGGGUCUGGGUCGGACCUGGGGAUGGACUCUUCUUUCCGGGAGAAAGAGAGGGAGACUGCAGCCCCCCCCACCCACGGGAGAGGAGAGGUGAGGAUAGCCUUCCGAGUGUCCAGCCUGGAUCCCCGCUCCCAGUCUGAACCCGCCGGACGGCCUCGCUGUAUGUUCAUGAGCUGUGGUGGCGGGGGGGGACAGGGGGGGGCCCGGGGCAAAGAGAAGAUCACCUGCGACCUCUACCAGCUGGUGAGCCCCUCCAGGGACCCCAGCCUACUCCUGGGACCCCCCAAGACAGACCACGGGGAGCCAGACAGGCCAGCCUCCAGCAGCCCUGACCCCGGCCAGGAGCUCUGCCCUGGGGAGAAGAAGAGCUCCGUGGGGCAGGAGAGGGUGACGGGCUUCCAUGUGGAGGUGGUGGUGACGGGCGCCGUGGACCAGUGUGUGUUCUACGGGAAGGACAGUACAGAGAAUGUUCAGGAGGAGACGGUGUGUUUCACCAUGCCCCCCGGAGCCAGCCCUGGCGACUCCUCCGAGGACCCCCCCCCAGGACAGUUGUUUUUCCUGCAGCCCCCCCGGGGGGCCCCCCAGGGUGGCGAGGAGGAUGGGGGGCAUGGAAUCAGCAGCACCAGUGGAAUGUGCUCUUUGGACUGUGCCAAUAACAAUGGGCCAGCAGGGGGGGCUAUGGAGCGUCCAGACUCCCCCCUGGGCAGGGGAGGAGGGAUGGGGGCGGGAGACGACUGCUCAGACCCCUCCCUCUGCCGGCUCUACCGUCACGUGUCGCAUGACUUCCUGGAGAUCCGUUUCCAGAUCCAGCGUUUGCUGGAGCCCCGCCAGUACAUGCUGCUACUGCCCGACCACAUCCUGGUCAACAUCUUCUCCUACCUGCCCACCCGCGCCCUCGCCGCCCUCAAGUGCACCUGCCAUGACUUCAAGGCCCUCAUCGAAAUGUACGGCGUGCGAGCCACCGACUCGCGCUGGAACCAGGACCCGCUGUACCGGGACGACCCCUGCAAGCAGUGCAAGCGGCAGUUCCAGAGGGGCGACGUGUCCCUGUGUCGCUGGCACCCCAAACCUUACCACCACGACCUGCCUUACGGACGAUCCUAUUGGAUGUGCUGCCGGCGCACCGACAAGGACACGCCCGGUUGCCGGGUGGGUCUCCACGACAACAACUGGGUGCAGCCAUGCGAGUUGGUGCAGACCAGGGCCAAGAGGGAGGAUGGAAGGUAGGGGGUUGAGAGAGGGGAGGAUGCACUCACCCCUCUGUUACCCCCCCCCUCUCUCUCUCUUUCCUUCUUGCACCUCCUACUCUAUCCUGGGGGCAGUUACCAGCCAUGGGCGGGGUGGUGGGGGAGGGAGGUUGCUCACCUGUCCUCUUUCUGCCCCUCCCCCUUUCUCUGCUCCCCAGCUUGCUGGCUAGUUCUGAUAGGACACUUCAGACCCCCCGAUGUUGCUCCAACGUUGUGUCACACCCCCCCCCCCCCCCACCUGUGCAGGUCUACUUCUGGAGGGACAGCUGGAGGAGACGACCUAUGCUGCUGACUCACUGACCUCUCUCUCUGCCUAUUGGUCACAGACAGUUCUAUCAUAGCCAUCUGAUUGGAGCAGACCCCAGUCUCGCUGACCACUCUGCAGCCCCGCCAAGGACUGCUUCCCUGUUGUCAAGGGAGACAGGGAAUUUGGUUUAAUGAAUGAGAACUUGAGACACUUUGGGCCCGGGGGGGCAGGAGCUGUGAAAAAUGAAAACUAAAAAGAACUAUUUGAUGUCACUUUGCGGCGGCCUGAUGUCACUUUGUAUGAACUGUGGCUUGAUUAACGACUUGCUUGUUUAUCUAUUUUUGUUAUUUUUGUGGGGUUGUUUUUUUGUUGUGUGAAAGAAUGUUUGCUGUUGUUUUGAGGACUGUGUUCUCUGUUAUCAACCUUCCAGAUCAUUCAUGUUUAUAUCGAUCCUCUGUCUCUCCUAUUGACCUGUCUUCACCUCUUUCUCAACAUGUCCUCCCGACCUCUCCUCCCCUCUCCUUGCUAAAGUGUGAGAGAAGGAACCAUGGACCAUAGAAACUCAGUUACACCAGCUUCCAGCCUUAACCCCACCCCCCGCCUUAACCCCCCUAGCCCCCGUCCCCUCCACCAUGGUCACAGGCCCUCCCACACACUUCUCACAGCCCUCCCUCCCUCUGCAGACUGACGGGAAAACAAGCCACAAAUAACGACUGAAAAAACAAACGUAGUCAGCCAUGUUUCUGUCCAUCUGGUCAGGGGGAGAUCUGUCUGUCUGACAGUGCCUGGAACUGGGGAAAUGAACUGGGUCUAAACUGUAAUGGACUUGCGAGACCACCCAGACGUUUAUUAGUCUGCCUGUCGUUUUCUGGCCUGUCUGUCUCUCUGUGGUUGCCAUGGUAGGGUCAGGCUUGUACAGUGCUAAUGAGGAAUAUCUGCUUCUCAAAUAAAAUGUGAUUGAAACUGGA